AUGCCUCCAAACACUUCGCGGCUCACUGCCGUCCCCCUGCCUCCGUCCUUCCUCCUCCCUCGAUCCGUUCUACGGCAAUCCAUCACAUCCUCACAAAGACGGACCUUUGGUAUCAAAUCGAUAGAUCCUCCCACACACAGCAAAUACAAUGUCGUCCCGGGUAUCCAGCCUCUCCUCUCGACACCGGCGGCAGCUUUUGAGCGACGACUGGCGUCCGACACACUCCCUCUGCGGACCGGAGCUCUCGCCAUCAAAAAGGGCAUGACGGCCGUGUACGACGUCGAAUCUGGACGCCGGCUCCCCUGCACAGUGUUGCAGCUAGAUCAGAACCAGGUGGUCAGCCACAAGACGCGCAGGCGGCACGGGUACUAUGCUGUGUGCGUGGGGUGCGGAUCGCAAAACACCAAGAACGUCACCAAGCCGAUGCUAGGCCAUUUCUCCGUCCAGGGCGUGAGCCCCAAGCGGUACCAGCGCGAGUUUCGAGUCCGCGGGCCGGAAGGGCUCUUGCCGGUCGGCCAGGAGAUCCGUGCAAAUUGGUUCAUCGAGGGGCAGUUUGUCGACACGCGGUCGAAUUGCAAGGGGAAAGGCUUUGCAGGCCCCAUGAAGAGAUGGGGGUUCAAAGGUCAACCACGAAGUCACGGUCACUCCAAGAGCCACAGAUCACACGGCACGAUGGGCCAGGGCCAAGGUGGUGGUAGCAGGGUGUAUCCCGGCAAGAAGAUGGCGGGAAAUAUGGGCGGGCAGAGAAACACGGUGCAGAGUCUGCGAGUGUUACAGUCGGACGCCGAGAAUGGGUUGGUCGUUGUGAAAGGCGCCGUCAGUGGACCGAAAGGCACACUGGUCAUGAUCCAAGAUGCCUUGAAGAAGAAUUGGCCUACGGUUCCCGAACCUCCGAGCCCGGCAGAGAUCACUGAGGCUGCCAAGGUUGAAUCAUAA